CUUCUGGGAGGUACCUGUCGUCGGUUGAGGGGGGGAAAAAGGUGGAAACAUAAGGAAAGAGGCAAGCACCUGCCGAGCGAUGAUGGCCCUCGCUUUUGGAUGUACGCUCCUCGUCGUCGUCGUCGCGACCGCGCUCUGAUAUCUCGGGGAGAUUGCCGGAGAUCUCUGAAGGGCCUGUUCUCGUCGCCGGUUUCUCUCCGAUCGGCGGCUCGGGCGGCCAAUUUGAUUGGGAGCGCACUCGGAAAGGCUGCGCCUUUGAGGUUUUCCAAGUGCAAAUGGUGAAUCGACAUGGAAUUUUAAAGUUGCAAUCCGAAUGGCAAUAGGAUCUGAAGGACCCUGAACAACUUAAAUCUGAUAAAAGCACUGACUUAUCAAUUUGGGAUUGGGAUUGGGAUUCAGGUCUAACAUGGGUCCCAGAUUGCCUUAAAAUGAAGAUUAGUCCUUGACCAGACUAGUGAUGAUUUUCAUUCACCUUCGACAAGAUGCAUGGAUUCUCCACUGUUGAUGGCUUUGUGGAGAUAACUGAAAGCUUGGCAGAGAUGAUCAAGUAUGUGGCAAAUGAACCUUCAGUGGGGCUAUUUUACAUUCUGCAGCACACUCAAAAUGCAGUGCCCAAUGUUAUUAGUCUCAAGAAUAAUGUCGCAGGGAGAUCACAAGCGAUCAAUCUGCAUACGGAGGACUUAGAAGAUUCUAUUACAAUGAUGAGGUCAAUGAAGGAUUGUGGGUUCCCCAUUGUUGAUGACAUGAUUGGUGAUAUUAACAAAUCUCUAGCAAUUGUGUCAGCGAAACAGCCUAAAAGAGGAUUGAUACACAGCCAAACCUCAGGUUUUGAAAUGCGAAGAAUUAGCUCAUCAGGGCCAACCACUUGGGGACGAUCUACCUUUUUUGACCCUCAAGAUGGUGAAAGGAGUGGAAAUUACUUUUCCAAUGUUCUAAAGUCAGCGAAACAAAAGGCGAGCAAUUUUAAGUGGUCUAACCUUGAUUCCCAACGUCCUAUUCAGACGCAGGGUGAGAAACAUUUUAUUUAUACUGAUGGACCAUUGGCAGUUGGGGAAACCAGCUCAAGUUCAACUCUGCCGGUGGUUGAGUCUGAUGAACUGCCAUUAUCAAGUGAAGUUUCUGAAGAACUGCAAGAAGAGAAAGAAGGAGAAAGCCACACUACUCUCCACUUGCCAAGUGAUAAUUUAUUGACUGUGCCAGAAGACUUUGAGAGUUUUAGAGCUAAUAGAGAAGCAAAAUUGGAGGAGUGGCUGGGAGAGACUGGUCACCAUAAUAAUUGCAAUGGAGCAACUAAUGGGGAACCAGCUUAGCUUGAUUUGCGGCUGUUUAAAAUAACCACCCUUGUACAUUUUAUUACUUGGGAUGUAAAUAUCUGUCCAGAUGAUGAUCGCUACUGACUGAUUGCUCACUAUGAAAAUAGAUUCAUCACUGUGGUCUUUCCAGAGUGAGCAGAGCACAGCUAAAGUUACAGAUGAUUCAAGGCUCUCCUACAGUAAACAAGAUUGCUUUCUGAAGGCAGUUUUAAGCAGCGUCAGCCAAGCGACUUAUUAGCAGUGACAGUUGUCCAUGUAUUCUGCUUCUGUUUUAGUUUCGUGGGUCCAACAUUGCGUCUUAUCGAUUCCAAGAUGUGCAGACUGCAUCAGGACUCUCCCAAAACUGAGCUUUUCCUUUUAUCUUCUUGUGAAGUAGGUUGUAUAUUUCCUGGCUUGCUUAUGACAGUUUCUCCUUUGUGAGAAACUUUUAUAUGAGUGAAGUGAUGUAUCUGUAGCUUCUUCUUCUGGAAUAAAUUUCCAUGUACUUAUACCGGUUUUAUUCAAUAUGAGACAAGUAGUUUAAAAUUUUCCAAA